AUGGUGCUCUCGUUGCCUGUCCCCAAACUAUACAAAUCCUCCACUUCCCCACGCCCCGCCGACGGCGCCGCGCCCGCAUCACAAUCAAACAAACGUCACCGUGGAUCGACUUCCAGCGCCUCUACCAGCUCCUCAUCUAGUCGGAAUUCAUGGAAACCCGCCGUCCUAGGUGGAACCUCAUCCUCUUCAAGCAACCAGUCUGUUACUUUGAGCGAAGCUCUACGAAAUAAUCCUUUCGGGAGUCCCUCGCGUUCUCGCCCGGUCCAACCUACCGAUUGCCUUCCCAGCGAAGCACAGGAACAGAAUAAGGAACAGGAUGAACUGAAUACUUCCCUUGAAGCACUCGCUCGUAUAUUUCCGGACGUGAAAAUCGAAGUCUUUCGGGAGCUGCUUGUCCGGUUUGAUGGGGAUAGCAGGCUACAUGUUUGUGUAGAGCAACUGCUCCGUCAUAAGAAGGACUGGGUUUCAGGGAGGUGGAACAUACCGGAUGGAAAUGAUGACUCGGAAGAAGACGCAACAGCUGGUAGCGCUGGCGCUCCAACGGAUGGGAGUCUUGUGCCUCUAGAGGAACGAUUCCGGUCCGAAGAGUACAAGGCUGCAGUGCGGAUGACUCUUACAAAGGAAUUCAACAGCCUGAGCAAAAGUACCGUUGAAGGCGUCCUGGCUGAAGUGAAUUUCAGCUAUUUACGGGCCCGCCCGAUACUCCGGGAUCUGUCGCGAAGAACCUGGCGUGCUACGUUCAACAGUCUACUGCCAUCCUUUAGACGCAAGAAGGACAGAGAAGAACAUCCGCUUAUGACGUGGCAGCGCCGUGUGGAUGGUCAGCUUAUCCCGAGGCUUAAAGAAACCGGAUGUGCCGAGCUGGAUGGAGAGCUGUAUACGACCCUUGUGCUUCCUCUGUGGCAGCAACGACGCGAUGAACAGGAAACUGGCGAUUUUCGCUUUGCCUCGGACCUUAACGAAGAAGAAGCCAGGGCUGCUGAUGCUUUAUAUGAAUGCGAGUGCUGUUUUGCCGAUGUGACAUUCGAGCAGAUUGCGACAUGCUCAGCCAACGUCCAUAUAAUCUGUUAUAAUUGUAUUCAGCGAACCAUUUCAGAGGCCUUGUUUGGACAGGGUUGGAGCAAAUCAGUGGACUUGGAACACUCAACACUGAAAUGCAUAGCUCCGCUAUCUGUUGGUGCCUGUGAAGGUUGCCUUCACCCGCAAAUUGUUCGACAGGCCAUCUUACUCGACACGGCUGGGACUGAAACGUACCGCAAAUUCGAAGACCGGUUAGCAUCUGAAACACUGCUGAAAUCGCAAUUGAAACUCAUCCGGUGCCCGUUCUGCUCUUAUGCUGAAGCUGAUCCCGCUUAUCACCCUUCAUCUCGAGGUAUCAGCUGGCGAGUCCGUAUGGAUGCCGGCGUCCCUCACACCAUUUUAAUGAUUAUCCUUCUACUUGACCUCGUUCCGUUCCUCUUGAUACCCUUGUUGAUUCUCCUAUUAUGCGAUUCUUCCGCAGUGGCACUCAUAUUCAACAACUCAAUUCGAAAUCUCUGCCUCAAGAUACGGCCCAAGAGAUUCUCAUGUUCUAAUCCUACAUGUGGACGGGUUAGUUGCAUGACAUGCCAAAAGGCAUGGCGAGAUCCCCAUGUCUGCCAUGAACCUCUACUGCUUGAUUUGCGUGCGACCGUCGAGGCUGCUCGCACAGCUGCAGUCAAACGAACCUGUCCUCGCUGCGGCCUUUCCUUCGUCAAAUCCUCCGGCUGCAACAAACUUACUUGUGUAUGCGGCUACUCAAUGUGCUAUCUCUGUCGCAAAGCUCUGGGCACCCCUACCCGACCCCAAGGGCACCAGAACAAUCGGAGAAGACAUGGGCUCGACUUAGAAGCCUACGACGGCCCCGGCGAAGGCCUGGACGGCGCAGUAGGAGAAGAUGCCUUUGAAGACGACGAAUUUGAAGAGCCCGAGGGCUAUAAACAUUUCUGUGAACAUUUUCGUAUCAACCCAGGCUCUCGUUGUGUCGAAUGUACGAAAUGUGAUCUCUACCAGGCUGAAGAUGAAGAGGCCGUCGCUCGUCGGGCAGGAGAGAAAGCAGAGCGCGAAUGGCUUAUACGCCAAGGAAAUGAUACGAAUUCUAAUGCUUCGGCUUCCACCCUUGGUCUCCGAAAUGUGAAUCGAGAUCUAUCGGCCGGUGCAGAAGGAAAUUCUUCUCUCCGUAAUUCGUCUACCUCCAUGUGGGAUCUUCAGCUCAGUUCUGGCAAAUCAUGGCGUUACUGGUUCAACGACGUUUGGGCAGAUGGGAGAUGGAGAUUAGAAGGCCAGGCCCUGGUAGACUGGGUUGUGGAACGGGUUGUAGUUGUCGAAGAUACAUGA